AUGCUGAGUGUGGAAUUACUACUUCCGUCAGGACAUCAUAUGCUAAUCAUUGGAUUGUACGAUCUUCUAAGUUUUCAGUAUGAUGAAGGCGAUCUUAUUGAUCCCAUCAUCGCUCGUUCUGAUACAUUUUUAGACAUACAUCCAAAUGGGGUAGUACUCUGUGGAGGUGAUCUGAACCGAUUACAUCUGGACUGUCUUUCCACUUCAUCUGGCCUAGUGCCCAUGGUGAAUUUCGCCAUUAGAAGGACUUCCAUCCUGGGUGACUGCCUCACAAACCACCCUGAGCUGUUCAACGACCCCUACGCUUUCAAGCACUGA